AUGUACCUGUUCGACCUGGCGACGACGGGGGCGAUCUCGUUUGGCGACUUUGUGUCGAGUGCGGAGCUGGUAUCGCAAGUUGCGGAAGCAACUCAGCUGCGUGCGCGCGUCCGUGCGGUUCUCAAAGAGCACCGUGCCGGCUCCUCCACGACGCCCGCCACAUCCAGCAGCAAAGAUGACCUUCGCACGGGCACCGAUGCGGAAGCCAUCCCGGCGUCGGACUGGAUGCGGAUCGUGACGGCGCUGGAGGAGUAUCUGCCGUCGGUGGUGGGGGUGUUCAACUGCGUGCAGACAGACGAUCUGCUGCUUCGGUACGAGCCGGUGUUUUCGUGGCGCACGAGUAUCUCGUCGACGCGCUUCCGUGGGCCGCAACGCGUCGAGCUGGCCGGACUGCACUAUGAGCUGGCGUGGGUGCUGGUGACGUAUGCGCUGGCACUGGCGAAUUUUGCCGCCGCUACGGUGCAUGGGUUGGGUGCAUUCGAAAGAGAUCGGAGUCUUAGUGCGGAGGAUAGGAGGGCGAAGGAUGAACGGCUAAGGUGGGGGGCGGAUACGCUGUGCAGGGCGAGUGGGGUGCUGGUGUAUGUGUCCGAAGAGCUGUUGCCGCAAUGGCGCGAUGCAGCGGGGGUGGUGGAUAUCCCACCCGACCUGACGGGCGAAGCAACGCUGGCGUUGAGCAAGAUCUGUAUGGCCCAAGCGCAGGCUCUGGCGAUCCGCAAGCUCGUCUCGCCCAGCGUGGGGAGUGCGGUGGAUACGGUCACGCCGGGACCGCCAUUGCCAAAGUCGCACCCGAGCGUAAGCCUGCUUGCCAAGCUGCAUCUGCAUGUGGUCGAGGAGCUGGAGAGUGCACUGGGAUUGCUCAAGACGGUCAAGGAUCGCGGAAGUAAUAGGGCGGGGAGGAGGGAUGCGGUGGGACUCAGUGCGAACCACGAGCAUGAACUGGCGCGGCGCGUGUCGGCGACCAACGAAGACCUCGUGCCCGCUGCGGAGAAGAAGAAGCUGUUUGGCAAGCUGCGUCUGGGCAAAGACAAGCCGAAGGACGAUGCACCCUCGGCAGCGACGGCGGGAGGCGGGGUGGAUUUGGAUGUUUCGUCGUCGCUGCUGGCGCAUGUGAGGUCGAGCUUGACGCUGCACCGCGCGCUGGCGUACAAGUGGCUCGGCAUCGAUGCGGGCGAAAACUCCAACCGCGUCGGCGAAGCCAUGGCGCUGCUGACGCUCUCGUCGUCGCUUCUUUCGCCUUCUUCGGGGUUGUUGAAACGCAAGCAGGAGAGGGUGGGCGUGGAGGCGGCGACUGUGGAGCACUGGUUGCGCGCCUAUCGUCAACUCAACGAUACGGUGGCGUUCCAACCAGUACCACCGGUGGGCGAGGUGCAAAACAAGGUGCCCGCAGGCCGAGCUGCGCUGGCGAGCAAAAAGUUCACGCUGCCCACGCCGCGCUUCGGCCCCGGAAGCCCAGGCUACACCGGGCGCGGGUUCGACAGCGAGGCGCUGCAUGCGCUUGAUGCCGACCACCCGGCGCGCGCCAAUCUUGUGGGUCUCACCACCCAACCCGACCACACAUACGCAGGUCAUGGUGCCUACUACUGA